UCACUGAGGAUGACCCUAACCCCAGCCCAAGCCGCGGGUCUGAGGAGCUUCGUGAAGCCCGCCGUCGCUCCCGCCGCCAGCUCCUCGACGACAAUUAACCAACCCUGGUCUGCAUGUUCCUGCUAAAUACACUAUGGCUAGUCCUACACGACCCACGCAGCAUGUCCGCAGCACAAUCUAUCCUGCAUGGCUAUGUGCUUUGGAAUGUUCUGUGUUCUCCGAGCAGAUUCUUUUUUGGUAUAUUAUCAUACCUAAUCAUGACAUUUCUAGAAACAUUACCUUAUACACAUCUCUUUGGUCACAAGCAGUUGCCAGCCUCCGCGUAUCCUGGCUGAUUCUUGGACAAGAGGGAGCGACGCUAAUGGACGCUAUGCAUUGAUUUUUUUUGCGCUGCCGUGUCCUACUGGUUGGUGCUUGCUGCAGUUGCUGGUCUCUGCCCGGUGCUGUUCGCUGCUGGAUCGACCGCAAACAGUGG